UUUUUUUUUUUUGUGUCGUCCCUUUCCUCUUUGAGCUAAAUCGGUUUCGGUCAGCCGCUACACCUGCUCGCUCGUUUCUCCUAUUUAUCCUCCACACAAAGCACACAAACAUGGAUGAUUUUGACAUGCUGAACGCGCCCGCCGCUGGAAACGGUGUCGGCUCGGAGGAGGACCCCGCCGCUGCGUUCUUGGCCCAGCAGGAGAGCGAAAUCGCGGGGAUUGAAAACGACGAAGGCUUCAGCAUCCUGGACAGCGGAGAGGUCCCCUCGUCGCUGGGAGACUCUGUCGAUGGUGCUAUCAACGGAGAGCUUCACGGGGAAAGCAACGGUCCAUCAGACGCCUAUGCAGCAAUCUCCAAUGCAGACCGGCUUCAGGCCGAACCUGAAAGCCUACGCAAGUGGAGGGAGGAGCAAAAAGAUAGGCUGGAGUUGCUAGAUGAUAACUCUCGCAAGCAAGAGUCAGAGUGGAAGGAGAAAGCCAAGGUGGAGCUGGAAGAGUGGCACGCAAGGCAGAACGAGCAGCUGGAGAAAACCAAAACCAACAACAGGGUGCUGGAUGAAGACUUCUACAAGCAGCCCUUCUCUGAGCUCAUUGGUUAUGUCACACACAUUAACCAUCCUUGCUACCGCCUAGACCAGGCGGCUGAAGAGGCCAUGAUUUCAGAUCUGGAUGAGAACAACCCCGGGACUGAGUGGGAGCGGGUGGCUCGGCUCUGCGACUUCAACCCCAAGUCCAGCAAGCAGGCCAAAGACGUGUCCCGCAUGCGCUCCGUCCUCAUCUCGCUGAAGCAGUCCCCACUAGUCCGCUAGGCAGCCGAGGCUGCUCAGGGCGACAUUCCAUAUCAUCCUCUAUAAACCACAUACCUACCCGACCCAACCACCAUCAUCUGUAUUCUGAAGAUGAGGAGACUUACACCCUUUCUGUCCAUAUCUGUUUGCCAUGCUCAGCCCUGUGGAAGGAUAUAGCCAGUGGUCCUAUCUUCUAUCUCCAUCUGUCUCCUCCUGGCAGGGCUGUAGAGAUUAACCUUGAAGCACCAGCUCACCAUUUUCUGUCCCUUGAAAGGUUUUUACCUGUGUGCACCUCUUCCACAGACCAGUUGAGACCUCUAUGAUGACUUUUUCCUGUCAUUUUAUUAUACUGAGAUCAAUCCCUGUUAGUUCGACACCAGGUCUCAUGGUCUAUGGAAAUGUGUAACACUUGUGUAAAGGUGGUGAGUUGGGACACUAAAAGGGAAGGGUUGAUUGUUUGGGCUUACAGCUACACUACAACCUGCUUCACAUGGCAUCCAAACAAUAUCAUUCCCAUGAUGCUGUACUCUCUUAACCUGUCAAUCUUAUGAAUCCUCCUCUGACCUACGAGGGUUGAUUUGAUGUUUAAUUGUUUCAUUCACCUUUUUCCCUCCAACACAUCACUUCAUGUUUUCCCAUCCUUAGAAAAAAAAAAAGUAUCUUCAGAUUUUUUUUUUUUCUUUAUUGUUGUUUUUUUAAGGACCAAACUCUUAAGACAAGACUCCAAAAUUCAGUGUGUGUACUUUGAACUGUGUGUGUAGAGCCUGCUUGUGGCAUAUUGUGUUAAAUUUUCCAAUCUAUGCAUUUCCUUUUGAAAAGCCUAUCCCCUCUCCAGUCACGAACUGAACAAAGUCCAGUCAUUACAAUAAGUGUGAUCCGUUUGUGUGUGCGUUUAAACCUCAACAGCGUGUAUGUACUCUAUGCGUGUACCUAUGUACAUAUACAGAAGGCAAUAUAUAUACAGUAUAUAAAACAUUUAUGUCACUGAAAUUAGACAGUUGUGGUUUUAAAGACAACUAGAUAUUAGCCAGCUGUUGCUUGACCAUGCGUGUUCAUUGUCCAUUUGAUUUCAAGAUCAGUAAAAAGUGAAUGAAA